GUUAAAACAUAUCAGCUAUAUAUUCAAGCUUGUGCAGAACACAAACAAGCACACAAUUCUCUAAAGGUGGAGAUGCAGGUCGGAAAAGAACUCUGCUUUCCACAAUUUUCCAAUAUCUCUUGCAGCAAGCCCUCUUGGAAUGAAGUUGUGCUCAUACAGACUAUGUUUUUCUCUGUUUCUCUGCUUACUGCGGCUCUCAACCUGCUUGUCAUCAUUUCAGUCUCACACUUCAAGAAGCUACACACGCCCACCAACAUCCUCCUUCUCUCUCUGGCUGUCUCAGAUUUUCUCAUGGGUGUCCUAAUGAUGCCUGCUGAAAUGAUCCGAAACACAGCCUGCUGGUUUUUUGGUGAUGUCUUGUGUUCUUUUUAUAACUCAGUGUCCUUUACUAUUACCUCUGCAUCAGUUGGAGACAUGGUGCUCAUCUCAGUUGACCGCUAUGUGGCAAUAUGUGACCCUCUGCAUUACCCCACCAGAGUCAGUGAGAGAAGAGUUAAAGUCUGUGUAUGUCUAUGUUGGCUCUGCUCUAUUUUCUAUGGUAGUCUUAUUGUAAAGGGUGACUUUACACAGCCGGGAAGGCACAAUGUGUGCUUGGGGCAAUGUAUAAUCAGUGUCGACUACAUUGCAGGAACUAUUGAUCUGAUGGUAAACUUUAUUGUUCCCGUUACCGUAAUCAUUAUUUUGUAUAUGAGAGUAUUUAUCGUGGCAGUGUCUCAGGCUCGUGCCAUGCGUCCUCACAUUACAGAUUUCACUAUGCAGCUUUCAGUGACACAAACAUCAAAAAAAUCUGAGUUGAAAGCAGCAAGGACUCUUGGUGUUCUUGUAGUGUUUUUUCUGAUAUGUUUCUGCCCAUAUUAUUGUGUCUCUCUUGUGGGGGAAGAUUUAUUCAGUAGCUCAGUUUUAUCCUAUGCUCUCUUUCUCUUUUAUAUUAACUCCACCUUAAACCCUGUGAUUUAUGCAUUGUUCUACCCUUGGUUUAGAAAAGCAUUGAAAUUUAUGGUCACACUUCAAAUAUUACAACCUGGAUCCUGUGAACACAACAUAUUGUACAWAUAA